UGCGACGUUCGACACUUUCCUACCAAUACCAUCUCAGAUCUCUCUCCAUCUGCAAUAGAUCAUCUCGCCUCUCUUCGAUUCGACCCUUCCUUAUUCUCCGUCGCCGCCGGCCUCCUCUGCUUAGGUACAUUCAGCUAAAAAUUUAUCCCGCCAUGGCAUCUAAAGAUGCGGAUCCUUCCUUGGGAUACCUCACGCGCGAGGACACCAAGGUGAAACUACUGCGUCCUACUCGAGUCAAGAACAAAACCCCAGCUCCGAUACAAAUCACUGCUGAACAAAGUUUACGUGAAGCUUGGGAACGUCAAGAGGCUGAAAUCCGGCCACCUAAACAGAAAAUCACUGACUCUACUGAGCUUGCUGACUAUCGUCUUUGCAAGAGGGAGGAAUUUGAGGAUUUAAUUCGUAGAGUGUGCUGGAAUAUUAGUGUGUGGAUUAAGUAUGUGCAGUGGGAGGAGUCUCAGAAAGAUUUUGAGCGCGCUCGAAGUGUGUGGGAAUGUGCGUUGGAAGUUGAUUACCGCAACCACACUCUUUGGUUGAAGUAUGCUGAGGCAGAGAUGAAGAACAAGUUCAUUAACAGGGCACGGAAUGUUUGGGACGGUGCAGUCACAUUGUUACCACGUGUGGAUCAACUACGGUAUAAAUAUAUUCACAUGGAAGAAAUGCUUGGGAAUGUUGCUGGAGCUAGGCAGAUUUUUGAAAGGUGGAUGAACUGGAUGCCUGAUCAGCAAGGGUGGUUGUCAUAUAUAAAAUUUGAGCUUCGGUAUAAUGAAGUUGACCGUGCUAGGCAGAUUUUUGAAUGGUUUGUUCAGUGCCACCCAAAAGUUACAGCAUGGAUUCGUUAUGCCAAGUUUGAGAUGAAAAAUGGAGAAGUUGAUCGUUCAAGGAAUGUUUAUGAACGUGCGGUGGAGAAAUUGGCAGAUGACGAAGAGGCUGAGUUGUUGUUUGUUGCAUUUGCAGAGUUUGAGGAGAGAUGUAAGGAGACAGAGCGUGCUAGAUGCAUUUAUAAGUUUGCAUUGGAUCAUAUACCAAAGGGCAGGGCUGAAGACUUAUAUAGAAAGUUUGUGGCCUUUGAGAAACAGUAUGGAGAUAAGGAAGGGAUUGAGGAUGCUAUUGUGGGAAAGAGGAGGUUUCAAUAUGAGGAUGAAGUGAGAAAGAAUCCAAUGAAUUAUGACACAUGGUUUGACUACAUUAGGUUAGAAGAGAGUGUAGGAAAUAAGGAAAGGAUUAGGGAGGUUUAUGAGCGUGCCAUUGCUAAUGUGCCACCAGCUGAGGAGAAGAGAUAUUGGCAAAGAUAUAUAUACUUGUGGAUUAAUUAUACACUGUAUGAGGAACUGGAUGCGGAAGAUGUGGAACGGACACGAGAUGUCUAUAGGUAUGAAGAGUACAUCGACUAUCUGUUCCCUGAGGAAUCGCAGACUACAAAUCUGAAGAUAUUGGAGGCUGCAUACAGAUGGAAGAAACAGAAGAUAACUCUAUAACCAAAUGUUUCACAUGAUUUUUAUUAUUAUAUUUAAAUCAUAACAUGAGAUUAUAAUUUAAUGUGAAGAGUCAAU